GAAUGACACCGAUUGAAAUACAUACAGAGGCCUGAUCCGAAGGGGCGUGUCAUUAGCAGGUAAAACCAAGACCUGGGGCAAAGAAGAAACACAAGGAAACGAAUGAUGACUUACAACAACAGAGAACUGGUGGUUUACUAUAUUACCUAUAAACUAUCACAGAGAGACUACCCCUUCAACCACACUGGGCUCACAGAAGCUCCCAGUCAGACUGAGGGGGGUGAGGGUGGACAGGUGGAAGGGGGGGCGGCAGUCACGACACACCCCAACGGCACAGUAAACGGGACGAGUCCUGGGACUCCACCGCGACAGUCUCCCCCCUCUACCCCUCAGCGGACAAUGGGCCUGGAUGCAGUGAAAGAGGCACUGCGGGACUCUGCCAAUGAGUUUGAGCUGCGUUAUGCCAGAGCGUUCAGUGACCUGUCCUCCCAGCUGCACAUCACGCCGGCCACAGCCUACCAGAGCUUCGAGAACGUGAUGGACGAGGUUUUCCGGGACGGUGUGAACUGGGGACGGGUGGUGGGCCUGUUUGCCUUCGGAGGGGCCCUCUGUGUAGAGUGCGUGGAGAAGGAGAUGAGCCCACUAGUGGGACGGAUUGCAGAAUGGAUGACCGUCUACCUGGACAACCACAUCCAGCCUUGGAUCCAGAGCCAAGGAGGAUGGGUGAGUCAUGACUGAAAGAUGUGUUUUGGGGAAAGGGCAGGGGUUCAUUUUAGCUCUGUGGGUUUUUUGAAGCAUCAGUUCCAGAGGUCGUUGAUAACAGGAUCGGAUAGUUUGAAAUAUUUUAACAGGUAUUGAUUGUGCACAUUAGCACCCAUUGUCUCUUUGUGUGUGUUGCGUCAUGUCAGUUUGUGUGAGCUGUGUGUAUCUGACGCCUGACCUCUGAUCUGAGAGGCAGAUUUGUCAGCCAAGGAGAACCCAAGGAGAAAGAACCAGAGAGAAGAUGGAGAGAGAGAUGUUUGCCUCUGGUCAGCUGGGCAUUGAUCAGCUUCAUUGAGUUUUCAGCUGAAUCGAAGUGAGCUCUGCUGGCUGAGAUCGAAUUCUUCAUGGGGUUGAAGUAUAGACUUAGGCUUUACAGAUCGCCCUUUGUUUUAGCCUGGCUGUUUUUCACUUUCUCCUCUCUGUUCUGAGCCAGAUGAAAGCAGCGUUUUCUCUGGGGUCAGCUGAGAGAGGGGUUGUCCUGUUCCUGGUGGGUGGGUGUGUUAUGGGAUGGAAGGAGGACACUGUUAAAGGUCAGCUCUUUCCCUUUGUGUGGGCUGACAUGAUAGAGUGUGGAAUGGGAAGGGGAUGUUGAAACAGUCUCAAACGAUGGGUCUUAUGAAAACGGGCAUUUGAUUGGGUACAUUGUGUGGGUAGGGGCCAUCAGAUUGGAUGGUCUUUCUUCUGUUGCUUGCAUAGCUGAAAUUAAUUUUAAAUAGUGUUAAGACAUGCAGAUGACUUGGGCACAGCUCAUACAGCUCUGCGUCUGUCAUAUGCCACCACCACACCCAGAAGCACCAGUUAAUGCCUUGAACCACUGGAAGCUUUAAACAUGAAUAGUAACUCAUCACUUACAAGGUCUCUAUUUAAACAAAGUCUAGGCUGUGUUAAUGUUUGUACAAUUAAUGCUGCUAAAACACAUGCUCAAGCGCAUGUCCCUUCCUACACUUGAGCUCUUUCCCCCAAGCACCUUAAUGAAUCUGAACAUUGUUGUUGAUGUCAUCAGGUGUUGAAUGUUGCUCUGAGCUAAAGACAUGAAUGGCCAGAAUAUUGAAAGGAAUGGUGUAUUCAGUCAAGUAGUUUGGGUUCAAGCCAUACCAUACUAAUGGUUUACGACGUGCCUUCCUCAGACCCAUACUCCUAUGCACAUACACACAUAACAUGAAGAUAAACAGUAUGUUAAUGUAUCUCGCUUAUGCAGGGACAGUCACAAUUCAUCAUUCCAUACUAUGCACACAAUUCUAAAGUAGCUCAGAGAGAUUUGAAUUUGUCUGUUGUGGUUUCUAUGUGUCAUGACAAAAACAAUCACCCGCACCUGGGACAUCCCCACACCACAGGGAAAACAAACAAAAAUUACCCUAUAUUUCCCGAUAAGAAAUGCCCACUCAUUUCUAGCUAACUCUCUUAUAUGUGGUUUUCUCUUGUUGAACCAACCUACACACUCUUUCUUUGUUCCUGUCCUCAGGAACAAAGAGACACAACACAACUGUUGGCAGCUGUAGGAUGUAUAGAGCAGGUGCGUCCUAUUACCUGAUUGUGUCGUAAGAAAGAGAGAAACGCUAGUCCAGGGGUGCUCCAAUACUAUUUGAGAAGGUCCGGUCACACAGAUUUUCUAGGUGGCAAAGGUCCCUGCUGACUCCCAGCUUUGAAAUGUGGCAAUGAUUUGUGUAAGAGGUGAACUAAGAGGAAAGAAAGAGGGUUUAAAAGUGAAUGCAGGGAGUCAGCAGAUUGAGAAAUAAGGACAGGGAGUGAGAAGUGGAAUCCUCAUUGAUUGAACAGUUCUCUGUCUGACAGCACUGGUGUUGGAGGUUGGAAAGUGAAACGUGUUAAGCCUCAGACACACCAAGGAUACUGACUGCCGAGAGGUACUUAGCACCUCUGCCCAGAGUGUCAGCGGUCAACUUUCUUUUGUUCACAUAGCACAGAUCGUAUGCCAAUCAACCUCGUUUAAAUACUCCAGACCACAAGGUUAAAGUGGUUUUCUUAAGCUAUGUUUGGCUUGUGCCUGCUGUAGAUAACCAAAGUUAGCUAACUAGCAAGCUGCACUAAUGUUGCUAGCUAGCUAGAAUUUAUAGUAAGCCCUUAUUUAUACUAGCCAGAUAACUAGUGUAGCUAGCAACAUUAUAAUUAAAUCAUGAUGGAUUUGUUUUUUAAUGAAGCAGCUGCCUGUUUAGCUACCGUGAGUCAGUGGAGUAGCUAGCGAUGUUGUGUUAACUGGCCAAUGGCUACGCAAACCGUUUAGCUAACGUUAGCUAGUAGGGUUGGGUGGUAUACAGAUUUUAUUUGUUUUAGUUAGAACAAUUCUGAUGAAAAGAGGGUGGAUUAAAGUGCUCUCUUUCUUCCUUUAUCUUGUCACUCCUGUCCGCUCCCCCACGUGGCGGUUCGUGCGCUCUGAUUAGCUCAAAGUCAAGUUGUGGUCCACUGACGAGCAGGGCGAUUCUACAAGUAGAAACGGCAGGCUCGGCGGUACUCAGCAGGUGCAUCUUUUGUUCUAGCAAGAGAAGGAACGGCCUCUUACUGUGCUAACUAUCGGCCAUCAGUUUUCUUGGUAUGUCUGACCUCUUAACCAAUAGCAGACUGACUACUACCCCCUCCCUCCUGCCCCAUCUAAAAGUAAGGUGAGGGGUGUAGGGAGAAAAAAUUAGGGGGGGUUUGGGUUAUUACCAAUUCUGGGUGAAUAAUAUUUGGCUGUGCUCGGUAAAUGCUUUUGUUCUGACUGCAACCCCCCCCCAUACAGCACAUCAUAAGCCAUGAAUUUUUAUUACAUGAAAUGUACUAUGACAAUGUGUAGAAUAGCAGUAAAUUAGCUCUAAAACAGCAACAUUUUCUCUGACUCAUGGCAAAAUGUGUAAAAUAGCACCAGAUUAUCUAUACAACUGCACAUUUUUCACUCUGCCCCAAAGAUUCAACAACAACAAAAAUAUAUUGUUUGUGGGGGCCUUGCUCGGACCUUGCUCUGACAGGCUAAUAAUGUAGUAAUGGAUAACUCAUUUGGACUGUCAGUGGGAGAAGAGCAGCUCUGAGAAUGAUAGUUGGGACUGGGAAGAGGUGGAGGACGCCAAUAGAGAAACUAUUCCAUUAUUUCCUGCGUUUCUCCUUUGUCUUGUGAGGUCUUCAUGAAUCUCCUGUGAGAGUGCUACACCUCAACCAUAGCCCCUACCUAACACAUGACAUCAUACAAGCUACAUUUUACUCUUACAUCAGACUGUAUUCAUAUCCUAUACUCUGUUGUCUGGAACACCUGAGCUCUUACCAUUGUCCUUCUGUGGGCAUUUUAUAGGCAGCACAUAUUUGCUCCAGUGGCAUUAUAAAUAAUACACACACACUCAUUACCAUGCACAUAGGAUACGCAGAUACAGACGACACGCCUUUUCCUUGCCAUAGUCUCUGACUGCCCUGAAGGAAAGGACAAGGAGAUUGUACCCCUGGGACCGAUCAACCCUCCCUCCUUCUCUCUCAUCCUCCCUCCCCCAACCACCACACCACGCACUAGCAGAUGUUUCAGACCAGACAGGCAACAACACGCCAGCGUCACCGUGAUAUGUCCCCGCUCACCGUCAUGUGUUCUUCCGUUUGUUUACCAAUCCAACCAUCCAUCAAUUUCUCCUAAUUUCUUUCGAUCCGUUUGACUUGAUCACCAAUCACGGCUGAUUGUAUCCUCCCCCACCUCUCCCCUGAUAGAUGAAGCCUCAGAUAGCCCCCUCCCUCGAUCCCCUUCUUCCUGAAUGUCUAGAUAACCUGGUCACCAUUGUUUUUGAGUGUACAUUUCAUAUUUAGUAAAAAAAAAAAUCUGAUUUGAGUGAACGUGUUAGCAGUACUUUUUGUGCAGUACUUUGCAUUGUGAGAUGGAAUAGCACCACAUAGAUCAUUCACCUGACCACCUUAAACAAAGGACCUCUGGCUGUACACACACACACACACACACACACACACACACACACACACACGUACCCCCCCCCCCCCCCACACACACACACACACACACAUACGUACCCCCCACACACACACACACACACACGUACCCCCCCCACACACACACAGUAAUGUGGUUUGCUAUCUGCUGUUACCCAGCUGUCUCUAAAGAUAGUGCUGCUAUGUAAACUCAUAGUGACAGAGAGUCAUUCUCAUCAAUAGAGGGUAGAUGAUCUUAACGUGGGUCAGACGUUGUCCGUCUGUUUCUCUAACCUCCACAAUGCACAGAAUACUCACAACCUUGUUUGCAUUUGUUCAAUGGUAACCAGUAUUGAGUGCUCAAAAACAACAACCCCCAUUAUGUGUGUACACACACACACACACUUUUCUUCCCAAGCCUGUGUGUUUUAUGUAGGCUAUCUUUUGCUAUAAAUUGUUUCCUUAUUAAUUUGUUCAGUCUUGCAUCCCUGUAUUGUUUGUGUUGAUGGUGAGUGUGUGUGGUUGAUGGUGUGUCAGUGACUGAGUGACAAUGGCAGUAAACAGAUGGUGUGAUUCCGUCUCCCUCAGCCUUGUCACAUAACCAUCAGUCUGAGGCAGUAGGUUUGAUUCUGAGGGGAAAGGAGAGACUGGGCCAAUCCAUUGCGCCAGGGUUGUAGGGGGAGCGGCGUGGGGGGGGGGGGCUCCGCUCAACUCAACUCACCUUCAAGGAAGGUUGGGCUGCUCCGCUUCUCCAGGGUUGGAUGGGGAUCCAGCCAACAUCACCUGUACGCUACUGACUGGAUGAGAUUGCAGGAUGUAGCCAGGGGACAAGACACUAGUCAGUGUCUAGGGAUAGAUGGGUGUGUUAACAACAGUGGAUCUCUGGUGUGUGUGUCUGUCUCCGUCUGUGUGUAUAUGUUUGUUUGUGUCUGUGCGUAAUGUGGUCUUGCCCAAUGGGGCUUUCCAUUUAGCGACAAUUCCCCUCGAUUUUACAGUGCCUUCAGAAAGUAUUCACACCCCUUGACUUUUUCCACAUUUUGUUGUUACAGCCUGAAUUUAAAACGGAUUAAAUUGAGGUUGUUUUUGUCACUGGCCUACACACAAUAGCCCAUAAUGUCAAAGUGGAAUUAUGUUUUUUUUUUUAAUUAAUAUUUAAAUAAAUCAUAAUGAAUAAGGUUUUGAAGUGUCUGUCCUUUAUCUAGAAUAUAUAAGAAAGCUCAGAAAAUAUUUUAGUUUUUUUGACACAUUUAACCCCUUCUUUUUGUUGGCACAACUACCUCCAUACUUCCAUUCAUUUUUUAAAACCGGUACCGGGUUGCCUUCAGACGAGUGACAAUUGUGGGGGAGAACACCAUCAUGUUCGCGAGAAUCUCCCCUUUCCAUUAGUUUGUAGCCCAAACGGUUCGGACGCUACAGACAAGUUGGCACAUCGGCGGUACCGACUUCAGAUGAGACCUGUGACACUUUUUGGGGUCGUAGACCAAACGGAAAACACAAUUAUGUUCGUGAGCAUCUUUCCAUAGUGGUCAUAUUAGUUUAUAGACCCAACCGUUCGGACACUACCGAUUUCCAGGAUGUCUCAUGGUCUGACGAACACCGCUGUAGCUCGGCCACCUUCCAGAUGCGGCAGGAUGUCUCAUGGUCUGACGAACACCGCUGGAGCUCGGCCACCUUCCAGAUGCGGCAGGAUGUCUCAUGGUCUGACGAACACCGCUGUAGCUCGGCCACCUUCCAGAUGCGGCAGGAUGUCUCAUGGUCUGACGAACACCGCUGUAGCUCGGCCACCUUCCAGAUGCGGCAGGAUGUCUCAUGGUCUGACGAACACCGCUGUAGCUCGGCCACCUUCCAGAUGCGGCAGGAUGUCUCAUGGUCUGACGAACACCGCUGUAGCUCGGCCACCUUCCAGAUGCGGCAGGAUGUCUCAUGGUCUGACGAACAACCGCUGUAGCUCGGCCACCUUCCAAUGCGGCAGGAUGUCUCAUGGUCUGACGAACACCGCUGUAGCUCGGCCACCUUCCAGAUGCGGCAGUGAUGUCUCAUGGUCUGACGAACACCGCUGUAGCUCGGCCACCUUCCAGAUGCGGCAGGAUGUCUCAUGGUCUGACGAACACCGCUGGUAGCUCGGCCACCUUCCAGAUGCGGCAGGAUGUCUCAUGGUCUGACGAACAACCGCUGGUAGCUCCGGCCCACCUUCCAGAUGCGGCAGGAUGUCUCAUGGUCUGACGAACACCGCUGUUGCUCGGCCACCUUCCAGAUGCGGCAGGAUGUCUCAUGGUCUGACGAACACCGCUGUAGCUCGGCCACCUUCCAGAUGCGGCAGGAUGUCUCAUGGUCUGACGAACACCGCUGGUAGCUCGGCCACCUUCCAGAUGCGGCAGGAUGUCUCAUGGUCUGACGAACAACCGCUGUAGCUCGGCCACUUCCAGAUGCGGCAGGAUGUCUCAUGGUCUGACGAACACCGCUGUAGCUCGGCCACCUUCCAGAUGCGGCAGGAUGUCUCAUGGUCUGACGAACACCGCUGUUGCUCGGCCACCUUCCAGAUGCGGCAGGAUGUCUCAUGGUCGGACGAACACCGCUGUUGCUCGGCCACCUUCCAGAUGCGGAGGAUGUCUCAUGGUCUGACGAACACCGCUGUAGCUCGGCCACCUUCCAGAUGCUGGCAGGGGAUGUCCCUCAUGGUCUGACGAACACCGUCUGUAGCUCGGCCACCAUUCCAAGAUGGGCCGGCGCGGAUUUUCUCAUGGUCUGACGAACACCGCUGUUGCUCCGGCCACUUCCAAGAUGCGGCAGGAUGUCUCCAGGGUAUGACGACCACCGCUGUAGCUCGGCCACCUUCCAGAUGGGUCAGGAUGUCUCAUGGUCUGACGAACACCGCUGUAGCUCGGCCACCUUCCAGAUGCGGCAGGAUGUCUCAUGGUCUGACGAACACCGCUGUAGCUCGGCCACCUUCCAGAUGCGGCAGGAUGUCUCAUGGUCUGACGAACACCGCUGUUGCUCGGCCACCUUCCAGAUGCGGCAGGCCGACAUCGGCGGAUGCGGUGGGUUGAGAUGCAGCCCAUGCAAAAAAACAUACAAUUAUGUUACUUAGAUUGACGCACGGGUGCAUAGUGGUGGCUGUAUCAUGUUAUGGGUAUGCUUGUUUGUAAUCGUUAAGGUCUGGAGAGUUUUUCAAGAUAAAAAAAGAAACUGAAUAGAGCUAAGCACAGGCAAAAUCCUAGAAGAAAACCUGGUUCAGUCUGCUUUCCAACAGACACUGGGAGAUUAAUUCACUUGUCAGCAGGACAAUAACCUAAAACACAAGGCCAAAUCUACACUGGGGUUGCUUACCAAGAAGACUGUGAAUGUUUCUGAGUAGCUGAGUUACAGUUUUGACUUAAAUCUUCUUGAAAAUCUAUGGCAAGACCUGAAAAUGGUUGUGUAGUAAUGAUCAACAACUAAUUUGAAAGAGCUUGAAGAAUUUUGAAAAGAAUAAUGAGCAAAUGUUGCACAAUCCAGGUGUGGAAAGCUCUUAGACUUACCCAGAAAGACUCACAGCUGUAAUCGCUGCCGAAGGUGCUCCUACAAAGUAUUGACUUGCGGUGUGAAUACUUAUGUAAAUUCAAUUUCUGUAUUUCAUUUUCAAUACAUUUGCCAAAAUUUCUAAAAACAUGUUUUCACUUUUGUCAUUAUGGGGUAUUGUAGAUGGGUGAGAAAUCAAAUUUCAAUUCAGGCUGUACCACAACAAAAUGUUGAAUAAGUCAAGGGGUAUAAAUACUUUCUGGAGGCACUGUAUAGCCUCUAUCAGCGCAUCAGCCAGCGACGUGGAAGACUGACCUGCAGCACUACUGGCUGACUUGGUGUACUUCAACACAGCUCGCCAUUCAACUGAGUAUCACCACCCUGAGCAAUGAGCCGUCACUGUGCUCUAAAUAUGGCAGCAUGCAUCUGAUUCUGCACAGAGCUCCAGACACCCAGCUGUGCUGAUCUGGCUCAGUCUGUGUGCAGCAGGGGGGUGGAGACUAGGUCUUCUGCAGAAGGCAGGCAGGCAGAGUCUGGGGCAUCAUGUAACCUACUGUACAACCGUCUCGCUAAUAGGGCUACAGGCAGCAGAUGCAUUACUGUAGCUACUGCUGGGCCCUGGAGACAUACAACCAGGACUGUUUGAGCAGUUAGCUACCUUAGAUGGGACCAGAAUGACUCCGUGACACCAUGAAUGUCUGCUGUGUUAGUUGGUAGAGAACUAGAGCAGCAGCAGUCAGUUUUUUGGUGCACUCUUAGUGGAAACAUUGUGCCUGCUUGGCUGCUGCUGCUCUCUCUGCUCCAGUUCUGAACAGGCUUAGUGUGGAAAAUCAGGUCAUGAGCAAUUCUUUCCCCCCUCCCUCACUCACUCUCUUUCCCUCAUUUUCUCCCUCUCCGUCCCUCUGAAUACCUCCCUCUCCGUCCCUCUGAAUACCUCCCUCUCCGUCCCUCUGAAUACCUCCCUCUCCGUCCCUUUGAAUACCUCCCUCUCCGUCCCUCUGAAUGUCUCCGUCCCUCUGAAUAUCUCCCUCUGUUUCUCUGGCUGUUUCUCUUAUUUGCAGUUGGUUUUUCUUAUUUGCUGCUUUAUUCGACUGUAUAGGCUACAUCUAACCCCUCUCUCUUUAGCAUUUUCUUCUCUCGCUCGCUCUCUCCUCAUAACUGAUAUCAGAUUAUGGGAUUAGUGUGGUAGCUGUGAUGUAUGAAACUGACAGAUGGUGAUAAUGGUGCCCAGCAAAUAUUACAGAAUCUGAUGGCACUGUAAUGAUGAUGAUAAAGCUGACUUAUCACCACCAUCAUCAUCAUGAUCAUUGUUAUUCAACUGGUUGGCAAUGUAAUAACAAAGCCAUAUUGUAGAAUGUUUUAUUAAAUUAUUCCGCUCCUUCCCUUAUUGCACCCCUCACUAUCUCAUUAAUUUCUUCCUCUGGCAUACACUAUCAUUUUCUCUUCUUUUCUCGCUCUCUUUCAGACAGAUGGGAGGUCUUUGCCACUUUGUAAGGGGUGUUAGUGGGGGUGAGUGUUUUGAGGGUUAAAGUUGAUGUGGUGCUGCUGGUGACAUAAAGGAGAACUCAAGAGCAACACAUGCGCGCACACACACGUUUCUCUGUGUGUUGCGGCUGUGGUCCCUUUUUUCCUAGACUGUGCGGAGUGCAGUGGUGACAGAAUGGGGGCUGCGCUGCUGGUGAGCCCCAGUGAGAAGGGGAACAGAUUGGUGUCUGAGCCUGAAUGUCCUGACUCAUUAAUCUCCUCUUUAAUUCAUGGAUUCACCUCCGGAUGGAUCAGCAGGGACACAGACACACAACCCCAUUAGAGGAAGAGAAAGGGGUCAGACCCUCAAUGCCAGCUCCUUCAUGUGUAGAACCUACAGUAACUAACAGCCAGCUGAGAUGUCACCAUAGGACCUCAUCUGGGUUCAAGUUCCUUGAUCCCUAUUUACCUCCUUACCAGACCACAUCCUAGCUAAUGUAGGCGUCUCUAACUUCACCCUUGCGUUGGUGUUGUAUUAAAGGGGCAUAAAUAGCAGUGUUGCUAAGUGUGGACUCGUGUUUAAUCAGUCACCAGUCUUUAUAGCUAGAUAGUGUUCUCCUUGAGCAGGCAAAGUUAAAGGCAGAACAGAACCUAGCCCCGGGGACUUGCCUGGUUUAUUAACCCCUCCCCUCCCCCACACUGCAGUACCCCUGUGCUCCAUGGUUUGGCACAAAGCCCGACUCUCACACUCUCUGGAGGAUGACUGUCUGCCAGUUCUCAUAGCUAAUUAUGAUGAUCUGCCGACAGGCAUGGUGAGUUGUUUUCUGAGGGUGGGCGCAGUACCUCUAGUCUAGUUUGGCCCUGUAUGCUUUACUGUAGCAUCACAUGACAGCAGAUAAAAGGGUCAAACUGUGGUCAGUAUGAGCAGAUUCAGUUCACCAUUUUGGCCAGCGGCAAGAUGACUAGCCUUCCUUUUGAGGUCCCUCCAAAAUGUCAUGAAACGCAACAGUUACUCAACAAACAAACCACACUGACGUGAUGUGGAAUUUCACUUUUGCCCCAGAAGCACAACACGUCCUGUGUGUUACAAUGAGCAGGAAGAGUUGCUUAGGACUAGACUAUAGUCGGUCUAGUGACAGCUUGGCCUUUACACUGUCAUCCUCUUUCAUGUUAGACUGUUCUAAAAUCCCGCCUCAGCUCUUGACUGUAACCAGCACCCCGUCUACGGUCACACAACUGGGUCACAGAGGGACUUAGUUCGUUAUGACUCAGCAAAGGUCAGAGGAAAUUCAAAACAUGUCCAAGACCAUGUCCUUCUUAUGAGGUGAUUUACUCAUUACUCAAGUACUGGAUUCAAUCCAGAUCUCCAGCCCAAUCACUGAAGAAUGCAGCAUUUGAUAGGACAUCCGGCCAGUGUGACCAAGAGGUUUUGCAACCCUCCAUUGUCUUUCAUUGGGCUGGUUUAAAGCUGAAUCUGGCUUUCUUUGUUAGUUUUUCUAUUCAGAGGCCUCUCGGUGCCCAGGGCCAUGCCAGAAUUCUGGAGUUCACAGAAGUAGUUGAACAUUCUGGAUUACUUUCUGAAUUUGAAUGGAACGCUCCCCUUUUAGCAUUGUUUUAAUUCUUUAGCAACCAUGUUUUGCUGCCAUUUUCCCUUUUGCUUGCCAGACUGAAGCUUCUACUGAAAUAGACCUGCCCAGAUCAGCUGCUGCUGGCCAAUUCCACCUCUCUCUGGGGAAUUAAGGACUCUACAUUAUGGAGAGAAACACUUCGGUUUUGAAGUUUAGACUAUUGCUUCCAGUCUGUAAAGUAACCAAUUUCAUAAUUUUAUUUUUUCUAUAAGUAUUCUGACUAAUCUAGUGGACCCAUGGAGACAUGGUUGCAGGUCAUGAUGGUGGUGCAACAGUGAAGUAACCGAUUACAAACUGACUCAGAGGCCGGUGUUGUUGAUUGCCUUAAUGUUCUAUCCUCUCAGGGAUCUAGUCUUGGGCAAUCUAUCAGACCCAAACACACCGAUCAGCUGCGCUCUGGUAACCAUGGCAACCUUCAAAUUAAAUCUUGUUUUUCCUCUGUCCCACAAACCUCUCUCACUCUUUCCCUCUUCCGCCUUUUUCUCUCUUCAGCUAACGAUUGAAAAACACAGAAAAAACCAGAGGUUGGAAAACACCUUAGAACGGCUGCUGCUUAGCACGUAGCAUCUCUGGGGAACAGGUGCAGCUUAGCAUCUAACAUCUCUGGGGAACAGGUGGAAUAGAGAGAGAGAGCGAGCAAGUUUAGGCUUAGCUACCUCGCAGGAGUGACUGAGACCGAACCAGUCAAACAGAUAGACACAGAGACCCAUACACAGAAACAUUACAAUAUGUCAGUGUGAUUUACUGCCUGUAAUUUAACAUGUAGGCCUUUUCAAACCCCAGUUCACUAGGAAGGUGUGGUUAUACAGUAGGCCUAUGUGGAUUCAAUCAGGUGUGUGUGUGUGUGUGUGUGUGUGUGUGCCAAUGUGCUUGCGUGUGUACAUUUUAUAGGCAUGCCUGGGCACGUACAUUGCACUUCAGAGCUCCAGAGCACAAUAAGCACUGAUGACUACAGGGUUGAGUAUGUUGCUGCCAUGAUGAUGGAUCACAGGAAGCAGUGUGGAGCUUAGAGAUCUGGGUACUAUUGCUCCAUUGUGCAAGACAAACAAUAAAGAUACAUAUGAACAUGGACCUAGAUGGUAUGGUAGAAAAAUUGGGAGAAAGUGACAGGUAGCCUAUUCGGGAGAGGGAAAGUGAAGUGAAAUCUAGUAUAUUUCAUGUAAAAAAUGACGUUCCAUUCCACCUGUCACUAAUUGUCUCUGUACUCGAACAUGCCUUAACGUAUUCACAAACUGCGAUCUUUAUUCUUUACACCCACAAGAUUCCUCCCAUACCUCUUCAAGCAGUUCUCACAGGGACCGAUCUCCAUGGCUUCACCUCUUGUGAAGUGCUGCUGGCUCCUGUGCUAGUUGAAAUUCCUUUAGAAUCUACUCGCACACAGACACACGAGACACACCUACAGUAGCUUGGUUUGCCCCUGGUUGUUUUUUUUUUUGACAGGUGUUUCCACCGGAAUCAAUGAGUCAAGUGUGCAGUGAUGAAUGUGAACACUUUGGGUGUAAUUUACAGUAUUCAUGGGAGUGUGUUUGUAUCUGUAGGCCAGCAGUAUUGUCUGUCUGGCAGUGCUAGCUGAGGUCCUCAGGACUGUGGUCAUCUUUAGCGUUUCGUUAACUCCCUGGCCCUGAUAAAAAUUAUUCUCAGUCUCUCUGUUAUCUGCCCCCGCCAUGUCACCGACCCACUCUUUUUCUCAGAAACGGCCUCUCCUACGAAAUCAAUCUCUCGAUUCCUCAGAAGCCCUUUACCAGACGCACACAUAUGCAUGCAUUCAAUAUACAUUUUAGUCAUUUAGCAGACGCUCUUAUCCAGAGCGACUUACAGGAGCAAUUAUGAUUAAGUGCCUUGCUCAAGGGCACAUCGACAGAUUUUUCACCUAGUUGUCUCGAGGAUUCAAACCAGCAACCUUUCGCCUACUGGCCCAACGAUCUUAACCGCUAGGCUACCUGCCACCACACACACGUAUACACACAAACAGAGCCGUCUUGGCGCUUUCGUGCUGUUUCUGUGCUUCCCUCUUCCCAGAUUCCAUUGUUAAGUUUUGUUCUGUAUUGUUGAAGUCAGCAGGAAAGAGAAGGAGUGACGAUGUAUCACCCUGUUAGAGCGGAAGGAAGCGAGGGGUGUCGGAGGCACACGCACAUCUUUAAUCAAAGCAGCAUGUUUGGAAUGUCUCGAAUGAUUCUCUACCUUAUUUGAAUUCCUGCAGUCUGAGUCACCAUAUGAAUGUUACGUUAUGAAGGCUACACAAACAGUUAUGUCAACUAUUUGGUUUAUAGUUAUCCGUUUUGGUAUAAGAUUGUUUCAGAUAAAUAUUUUACUGCCACGUCAGUCCACAAUUCACUGCACUAAACCCCCCCCCCCCAGCCAUAACAUCAGCACCAGACACAAGCAGAUGAAUCAUCCAAUGUGAGCUUGUUCCCUCUUGUGGCUGUAGCCAGAAUUGCAGAAUGUUAUGUCAAUGUUCUGGGUUGUUCUCGAAUGAAUUACUGGAAGGGGUGGGCUAAGGAUGACACGACGGUGGGGAAAUUGUCAACAAUUAAAGUUAUUCACUUGGGGUUACUGCAGUUCAAAAUAACGGCAUAGAGACGUUUUGUGAUGGUGGACGUGCUGGUGACAUUUAUAUUUUUGUCUGUCGUAUCGAAGUGAUGAUUGAUGAAAAUGUCCAAACAACACCUUUUUCCCUCCCCUCAUAAGCCCAUUGCUUCUUGCUAGUACCUUACUAUUGUAUCUUGGAGGUGUAGGGACACUUGUGGGGGUUGAUUGUGUGUGUGGUUGUGUCUCAACAGACACCCUAUCCAUUAAAAGUGUUGCCAACUACUUCUGAUUACUUUCUAGUCUGAUUUGGCUCUGAUUUAAAAUGAGUGCAUUAUAUAAUAAAGGUAUAGGAUGUAAUUUCACCUAAUUCUGUUGAGCUUAGAGAGGAUCUCAUGUCUAAUGCUGUUGAAGUGUUGCGGUUGAAAGUUCACCUUCCUCAUAUAAAACCUCUUAUUUUGGGGUGCUGCUAUAGGCCACCAAAUGCUAACAGUCAAUAUCUGGAUAAUAUGUGUGCAAUGCUUGAUGGUGUAUAUAAUGUUAACAGAGGUCUAUUUUCUGGUUGACCUGAAUAUAGACUGGUUUUCAUCAAGCUGUCCGCUCAAAAGGAAGCUUCUCACUGUAACCAGUGCCUGUAACCUGGUUCAGGUUAUUAAUCAACCUACCAGGGUGUUUACAAAGACUACAGGAACUAUAUAAUCUAUGUGUAUUGAUCACAUUUUUACUAAUGCUGCAGAACUUUGUUCUAAUGCUGUAUCCACACCCAUUGGAUGAAGUGACGAUAAUAUAGUGGCUAUAUCCAGAAAAGGAUUUUAAAAUGUUUUUGUUGAUAAUACAAAGAUUGUGGGAGCUGUAUUGUUACACUUCAGCGCAGCCUUUCAUUUUGUUGAACAUAAUCUAUUAUUGGAAAAACGUAUGGGUUAUGGCUUUACAUCAUCUGCCAUAUCAUGGGUUGAGCGCUAUCUAUCCAAUAGAACAGAGGGUUUUCUUUAAUGGAAGCUUCUCUAAUGUAGAACAUGUAAAGUGUGGUAUUCCGCAAGGCAGCUGUCUUGGCCCUUUUACUGUUCUAUUUUUACUAGCAUUAAACAAAGCCUGUGUGUCUAUGUAUGCUGAUGAUGCAACGUUAUACACGUCAGCAACCACAGCUAGUGAAAUCACUGCAACCCUAAACAGAGUUAGUCAGUUUUGGAAUGGGUGGCUAGUAAUAAACUAGUCCUGAACAUAUCUAAAAUGUAAAAGCAUUGUAUUUGGUACAAAUCAUUCCUUAAGUUCUAGACCUCAGCUGAAUCUGGUAAUGAAUGAUGUGGCUGUUGAGCAAGUUGAGGAGACUAAACUUCUUGGUGUCACCUUAGACUGUAAAAAAUGAUCAUGGCCAAGGCAUAUUGAUUGUUGUAAAGAUGGGGAUAGGUCUGUCUGUGAUAAAGAGAUGCUCAGCAUUUCUAACACCACAGUUGACCAAACAAGUCCUGCAGGCUCUAGUUUUAUCUAAUCUUGACUAUUGCCCGGUGACAUGGUCAAGUGCUGCAAAGAAGGACCUAGAAAAGCUGCAGCUGGCCCAGAACAGAGCAGCACGUCUUGCCAUUCAAUGUACACAGAGGGCUAACGUCAACAAAAUGCAUGUCAGUUUAUAUUGGCUCAAAGUAGAGAAGAGAGUGAUUGCAUCAGUUCUUGUUUUUGUGAGAAGGAUUGUGUUGAAAAUUCUAAAUUGUCUGUAUAAUCAACUUACAUAAAGCUCUGCCAGACAUACACUACAUGACCAAAGGUAUGUGGACACCUGCUCAUCGAACAUCUCAUUCCAAAAUCAUGGGCAUUAAUAUGGAGUUGGUCCCCCCUUUGCUGCUAUAACAGCCUCUUCUGGGAAGGCUUUCCACUAGAUGUUGGAACAUUGCUGCGGGGACUUGCUUCCAUUCAGCCACGAGCAUUAGUGAGGUCGGGCACUGAUGUUGGGUGAUUAGGCCUGGGUCGCAGUCAGCAAUGCAAAUUCAUUGUGCAUGGGGGCAUUGUCAUGCUGAAACAGGAAACGGUCUUCCCCAAACUGUUGCCACAAAGUUGGAAGCACAGAAUCGUCUAGAAUGUCAUUGUAUGCUAAGAUUUCCCUUCACUGGAACUAAGGGGCCUAGCCCGAACCAUGAAAAAUGGCCCCAGACCAUUAUUCCUCCUCCACCAAGCUUUAUAGUUGGCACUAUGCAUUCGGGAAGGUAGCGUUCUCCUGGCAUCCACCAAACCCAGAUUAGUCAGUUGGACUGCCAGAUGGUGAAGCGUGAGUCAUCACGCCAGAGAACGCGUUUCCACUGCUCCAGAGUCCAAUGGCGGCGAGCUUUACACCACUCCAGCCGACACUUGGCAUUGCGCAUGUUGAUCUUAGGCUUGUGUGAGUCUGCUUGGCCAUGGACACCCAUUUCAUGAAGCUCCCGACGAACAGUUCUUGUGCUGACGUUGCAUCCAGAGCCAGUUUGGAACUCGGUAGUGAGUGUUUUUAACUGAGGAUUUUUCAGCACUCAGCGGUUGUGUUCUGUGAGCUUGUGUGGCCUACCACUUCGCGGCUAAGCUGUUGUUGCUCCUAGCCACAAUAACAGCACUUCGAGUUGACCGGGGCAGCUCUAGCAGGGCAGAAAUUUGACUAACUGAAUUGUUGCAAAGGUGGCAUCCUAUGACAGUGCCACAUUGAAAGUCACUGAGCUCUUCUGUCAGGCCAUUCUACUGCCAAUGUUUGUCUAUGGAGAUUGCUUGGCUGUAAGCUCGAUUUUAUACACCUGUCAGCAAAGGGUGUGGGUGAAAUAGCCGAAUCCACUAAUUUGAAGGGGUGUCCACAUAUUUUUGUGUAUAUAUAGUGUACUUACACCACCAGACAUGCCACCAGGGGACUCUUCACAGUCCCCAAAUCCAGAACGAAUUCAAGGCAACGCACAGUAUUAUAUAGAGCCAUGAUCACAUGGAACUCCCAUCUCAAAUUACUCAAGCAAACAGCAAAACAAAUAAAACAGCACAACGCCUCUCCCCUAUCUGACCAAGUUAACCUAGUUAAGGUGUAUAUAUACUAAUGUACUGUAUGUAAGUCUAUAAUGUCUGUUAAUGUUUUUAAAUGUAUAAAUUGUAAAGUAUUUUGGUCUAAUGUAUUUUUACUUAUGCAUUGGACCCCAGGAAGACUAGCUGUCGCCAUUGGCUAAUGGGGAACUAAAUCUAAAACUCUUAAGCACUAACUCCCUCUCUCCUGUCUCCAGGACCGGUUUGCAGAGAUCUUUGGGAAGGACGCUGCAGCCGAGAGCAGGAAGUCUCAGGAGAGCUUUAAGAAGUGGCUGCUGGCGGGGAUGACGCUGGUCACAGGAGUCGUCGUAGGGUCACUCAUCGCUCAGAAACGCCUGUGA